AUGCAUGGGCAUACUGUGGCUAUUGUAAACAACCCUGUGGUGAACGUGGGGGUAUGGGUAUCUUUUCAAGCCAGUGUUAAUUUUGUUUUUUGUAGUGCUGACCGAUCCACCUGCAUUGUGGAGAAUGGACGGGAAGAUGAGAGGCAGAGGAAUGAGUUGGGGGCUCCCACAGUCCCUCAAGUAGGGGAUGAUGGUGGCCUGCACUAUGACAGCUGUUCAAAAGAAUAUCGAUUUCCAGGAGGAAUAAUACAACUGGCACAAUACUGGAAAAAUGGAAGUGAACUAAGGAACAAUGAGAACAUUUUUAGUGAAUUCCUGAAUCAGCAUCAAAAUGCCCUCACUUUGAGGACACUUAGAGUUUAUAACAAUGGAUUACGACAACCACAUUUUCAUUUCAAUGCAAAUGAAAUGGGAUGUGUAAUAAUAAGUGGAUGUGCAAAGGUGGGCAUUAUUAAUACAUAGGGUAUCUUGGAGUUUGACAUUCACCUUGGAGAUGUGAUAUUUUUCCCCAUUGGAACCCAGCAUUAUGUUAAGAGCACGUGCAAUGAGGAUUUGCUUUUAAUUAUUGCCUUCAGCACUGGAGAUCAACUGCAAAACCUUAACAUGGACGGUUAUCUCCAGGCCACUGUGGACCACAUCCUGGCCCAGCUUUUCUUCAAGAGGCCAAGUGAGUUUAAGAAGAUUCCCAGAUUCAAGGAGGACCAGGCAAUCAACCUGCCUUAGAUUUGCUGGGUUGGGUUCAUACCUUUUCUUCCUUCUUUAUUUGCUGUCACUGCUUCUGAAGAAGAAACCACUGUGUAGGCAGGAAACAGUUGUGGGGCGGCCUUAAGGCUCAUUUAGGGAGUGCAAUUACAGAGCCCUUCAGGCUAAGGGGACAUUUCAUUCCAUAUACUCUGUGUGGGUUAGUAGAUCUAUGGAGAAGACCCAGUAAAUUAAAUUAUUUUGUAUAGGUUUUAGUAUUUGUGCAUGUAUUUAUUUUCCUUUUGAUACUUCAAACAUUAUUCUAAAUGAAAACACAUUCUUUUUAUGUGCAUCAGUCAAUCUUAGUCCUAUGAAUGUAUUUCUGUUAUUCAUCAGUGUGGAAGGAAGUAAGGAUGUCAGCCUAUGUAUGUACAUAUUGAGACCUGGAACCCAGGAACAGCAAGUCUUGUGUGGAGAAUUUCGUAUAGAACCCUAGGCUGGUGAAUCCCAGUCCUUUUGCUGGCUAAUGCCAAAAUUUUUAAGGACUCCUUCCUGCAAGUAGUUGUAUGCUUACUGUAUAUUAGCUGAGAAAAUAGUGAUCAACUAAUUAUGAAUUCAAUGCCUUCUUUGAAUGUAUUUGGAUUUGAUUAAUCACAUCAUCAACUAUUUAUAUUUGGAAACUACUCAUCUCUAUAUUGAGAAGCAUGUGGUUUAGUGUACUGCCAGUGCUGACUGUGUGUAUGGACUCAAGGACUGCUUGUCGUCACUCAGAAGCUAGGAGGGCUGGUGCUCUCCAAGCUGGGAAUCAUUGCCCAAAGCAGGAAAGAAUUUGUUCAGAACUAACCUGUGCUUGAUUUUUUUUCACAGUUUAUUUUAACAGGUAUUUGGUACCCCUGCACCGUGCUUGGUACCACCAUCUGCUCUGGGCUACCCUAUAUAAAAUGCUCAAGUCAGUAUUGCUGAUCUUUAGUGCUUCUUACCACCACCCUGUUUCAAUUAUUGCCCUAACACCUCUUUGGUUUUUUUAAAUGUCUUAGGAUAUUUGUUUCUAGGCCAAAAGAAUCUGUGUGUUCCAUUUUCCAUCUCUCUCUCUCUCUGGAAUAAACAGCUCUGCUUACUACAGGUACAGAAUUCAAUGAGAAUCAGGAAUGGCUCACUUUUAGUAUGAGGAAGAUGCCACUGAUUUAAUAUCCAUAAUCAGGUAAUAAAAGGCCUGCUAGCCCUUGGAACCACUAUGUCUUACUUUAUUGUCCUUUCUGGGAGAGCCAACUGAGAUUACAGCUUGGUAGCACUGGGAGUUUUGUGAUGAUGGUGGUGUUUUGAAGAGAUUUUCUAGGGAGUAGGUCACCAUCUAGGAGGAGGAACAUGGUUAAGAAGAUGAAGGGACUAGCACAGGGCAAUGGGUGUAUGGAAGGAGGAUGUCCAGAUAGAGGGGGAGACAGUCAUAAAAGUAAAUGGCAAUGUGUAUAGACAGAUUUUAUCUACACAUUUUGGUUUUUUGGGGGAAUUUUUUUAGCAUACUAUAAACCAAUUCGUUAUCCAUGUUCUUAUAUCAGGAGGUAUUGUAUUAGAUUA